UCUCUCCCUAAAUUCAACUUUUUUUUUUUCCAAAAUCCAACCCAAAUCCCCGUAAACCUCGACGGAAUUCUGAUUUCCUUUCGAAGCACUUCUCUUCGAAGAAAAAAAUGGUUUUAGGUUUUCUUACAUGAUCCGGCACUGUCGAUCGUGAUUGGCACACCAAAUCCAGGCAGAUCUUGAGUAACAAGUUGACACGUCUGAGGUUUAUAGCAAAGCCAUGAGUCAGAAAGCGUUGAUAUAUAGUUUCGUCGCAAGGGGCACCGUUGUACUUGCAGAGCACACAUCAUUUUCUGGCAAUUUCAGUACUAUCGCCAUCCAAUGCUUACAAAAGCUGCCCUCAAAUAGCAACAAGUUCACGUACUCUUGUGACGGCCAUACAUUCAACUAUCUUGCGGACAAUGCCUUCGUUUUUCUUGUUGUGGCAGAUGAAGCAAUUGGGAGGAGCGUACCUUUCGUGUUUCUAGAGCGAGUGAGGGAUGAUUUCAAGCAGCGUUAUGGAGCGAACAUCGGUGCUGGGGGUCCUCAUCCACUAGCAGAUGAAGAUGAUGAUGAUUUAUUUGAGGAUAGAUUUAGCAUUGCCUACAAUCUUGAUCGGGAAUUUGGGCCCAGACUUAAGGAGCACAUGCAGUAUUGUAUAAACCAUCCUGAAGAGAUGAGUAAGCUAUCUAAGUUGAAGGCUCAAAUAACGGAGGUCAAAGGCAUAAUGAUGGACAAUAUUGAGAAAGUUCUAGAUCGCGGGGAACGGAUUGAACUUUUGGUGGACAAGACAGAGAACUUACAGUUCCAGAUAGCUUCCAAAGGCAGGGCAGGCAACUCCGGCGGAAGAUGUGGCUGCAAAAUCUCAGAUUCAAGCUGAUGGUUGGAGGGGCUACCCUUGCCCUCGUAAUCAUAUUGUGGUUGAUGGCAUGCAGAGGGUUCAAGUGCUGAUAUUUUUAUAUAAUGGAGAAUUGGAAGGAGAACAUGUGCUUCGUGUAAUUAAAUUCCUUUUGUGUAUAUGGAGAUUUAUAGGAUAAUAACUACCACCUAAACACUACGCACUGCAGCUACAACUAGUGUGAAAUGUCUUGACUUGUGCAUCUAUGCUAGGAGAUAAAAUAAAAAAGCUGUUUGUGGAA